AUGGCCUCUCGUAAAUUGCUUCGAGCUGCUUCGUGGCGUUGCAAACCAGUCUCCCGCGUCCGCCUCACAUCUCUACAGGCUCGCUCUGAACACACCAGCACCAGCACCCGCACCGACUCUGAUAUUAGGUCCUUGGAUUCCAUCCUCAUAGCAAAUAGGGGUGAGAUUGCCAUCAGAGUCAACAGGACUGCAGCCAACCAUGGAAUUCGAACCACCACUCUCUAUACCAAUCCAGACGCCCUUUCUCAGCAUGCUCAUUCUUCUCCCUUCUCCUUCAACCUAGGUGCUACUGCCGCCUACCUCGAUCAAGAAAAGAUCUUGAGAAUCGCAAAGGAGCAAGGAUGUCAAGCAAUACACCCAGGUUAUGGAUUCCUGUCCGAAAAUACAGAGUUUGCCAAACGGUGCGCGGAGGAGGGCAUCACCUUUAUUGGUCCACCUGCGAGCGCAAUCGAAGAUAUGGGUGACAAAGCUAGGAGUAAGGAGAUCAUGAACUCAGCGGGUGUUCCAUGCGUACCUGGAUACCACGGCUCCGAUCAAGCACCAGAAACACUAGCAAAAGAGGCCGAAAAGAUUGGGUAUCCGGUCCUUAUCAAAGCUGUCCGAGGGGGCGGUGGCAAGGGCAUGAGGAUCGCCAAAACAGCCCAAGAGUUCUCAGAUAUGCUUGACAGUGCAAAGAGCGAAGCUAGAAAUUCCUUCGGCAAUGACGAAGUCCUUGUUGAGAAAUACAUUACUACCCCACGGCAUAUAGAAGUCCAGGUCUUUGCCGACAAGCAUGGAAAUUGCCUGGCUCUUGGUGAGCGAGAUUGCUCCAUACAGCGACGGCAUCAAAAAAUCCUCGAGGAAUCUCCCGCUCCUAAUCUGGAUGACUCAAUACGAAAAGAUAUUUGGGGGAAGGCUAGAGCUGCGGCACUUGCUGUCAAGUAUGAGGGAGCCGGAACUGUCGAGUUCAUCUUUGACAAUGAUUCAGGGGAGUUCUUUUUUAUGGAAAUGAAUACCAGACUUCAAGUCGAGCAUCCUGUUACUGAGAUGGUGACCGGCCUCGACUUGGUACAUUGGCAGAUCUUGAUUGCAGAGGGUCACAAAUUACCCUUGACCCAAGGCCAAGUUGAACAAGAAAUCUUGAAGCGAGGCCACGCUAUGGAAGCUCGAAUCUACGCUGAGAACCCCGACAAGGGCUUUAUCCCGGACUCUGGAAAUCUCCUCCAUGUCAGCCUUCCCAAAGAGACAGAAGAUGUACGUAUCGACAGUGGAUUUGUCCAAGGUGACGAGGUAUCCAGCCAUUAUGACCCGAUGAUUGCUAAGCUUAUCGUUCGGGCUGAUACUAGAGAGGCUGCUCUCCGCAAAUUGACUGUGGCUCUUCAAGACUACGAGGUCGCAGGCCCUGUGACAAAUAUCGACUUUCUCAAGAGAAUAUGCAGGUCACCGGACUUUGUGGCUGGUGAUGUUGAAACAGGGUAUAUCGAAAAGCACCGGUCAGAGCUUUUCCCGAAGGCUUCAGUCAGUGACGAGGUACUAGCUGAAGCUGCUAUAGCUUCAUUCCUCCAGUCGACAAAGCAGAGUUGUAGAUCCUCUCAGCCAUCAGCCCAAUCAUCAUCUCCCUCUUGGCUGACAACAUCCACGGACUUCCGACCACGAUCCUUCCACUUCCAAUCGGCGGACUUCGAGCCAGGUCCAGGUAAGACUCCAGAUGUGUACUCUGUCGAAGUCCACCAGACGAGUCCAGGACAAUUCUCAGUUUCCACACCAUCAAGCUCUUCACCUAUGGCAGUGACCUCGACACUAGACCAUUCGACAAACACUCUCACGACCUACUUUCCACAGACUCGGCACACCUCACGAGUUAUAUUCUCACCUUCUUCCGGGGCAAUUCACCUUUUCACCCCGGUGGGGUCGUACCGUUUGCAACCAUCGUCACCAGCGUGGCUCGCCAAAGCUUUGGGUGUAGUGGAGAAACCGAAUUCUUUGCUCUCACCUAUGCCAGCCAAGAUCCUUCGUGUUCUGGUUCAACCUGGUGAUAGAGUCAAGAAAGACCAGCCACUUCUCGUGAUUGAGAGUAUGAAGAUGGAAACGGUAAUCCGCAGCCCUGCGGAGGGAGUUAUUGUCAAGCGAAUCGUUCAUGGCGAGGGUGAAGUCGUUGGCAGUGGCGUUGAAUUAGUCGAAUUCGAGGAACAAGCACACGGGGAAGACCAAACUGCUUGA